AUGCAACUGUCGCUGUGUCUUACGCCCAUCAAACUCCCUCCCGCCGUCGCCCUUCUGCCCGUCGCUCUCCCUAGCGCUCUUCGCACUCCCUUCCGCCGUCGCCCUCCCUUCCUCCCGUCACCUUCCCUUCCGCCCGUCGCCCGUCGCCUUCCCUUCCGCCCGUCGCCAUCCCUUCCGCCCGUCGCCAUGCCUUCAGCCCGUCGCCCUCCCUUCCGCCGUCGCCAUCCCUUCCGCCCGUCGCUCUCCCUUCCGCCGUCGGUGUCCCUUCCGCCCGUCGCCCGUCGCCAUGCCGCCUUCCGCCUGUCGCCCUCCCUUCCGCCGUCGCCAUCCCUUCCGCCCGUCGCCCGUCGCCAUGCCUUCCGCCCGUCACCCUCCCUUCGUCUCGUUGCCCUCCCUUCGUCUCGUCGCCCUCCCUUCGUCUCGUCGCCAUCCCUUCGUCUCGUCGCCCUCCCUUCCUCCUAUUGCUCCCCCGACCACCCGCCGCGCUCCCUUCUGCCCGUUGCCCCUCUUUGUCUCGUCGCGCUCCCUGCUGCUCAUCGCCCUCCCUCCCGCUCGUCCCCUCGCAAUCCCCACAUCUCUCUCCCCUCGUUACACUGGCAUCUCCAUCACGCUCGCCAUCCCUCCCAUCUCCCUUCCCAACUCAGGCGGACCAGUCACGCCCCCUUUCCAACCCGCACACACGAUGGCCCUUCCCCUAAUGAUCGCCUUUCACCUCCACACCGCUUACCUCUCUCCUUCCCCAUGUCCCCUUCCCUUCUUCCCCCCAUCCCCUUCCCUGCUUCCCCAUGUCCCCUUCCCUGCUUCCCCAUGUCCCCUUACCUGCUUCCCCGUGUCCCCUUCGCUGCUUCCCCCCAUCCCCCUCCCGACGUCUCCAUGUCCCUUUUCCUGAUUCCCCCCAUCCCCUUCCCUGCCCCCAGCCUAUUCCCUGCUUCCCCAUGUCCCCUUCCCUACUUCCCCCAACUCCCUUCUCUGCUUCCCCCCAUCCCCCUCCCUGCGUCCCCAUGUCCCUUUUCCUGA